CGUUCGCGGCUCGUAUAACCACUCGGCAGAACCGACUUUUCCAGGAAACAUCCUGUUGAAAAGUAAACGAGCUUCUCUCGUCUACUUUACCCUCGACUCCUUCGAAAUCUCGUCCGUUUGGUCGGAUUACCCUUUGAAUUUCUUAUAAUUUAUUUCCUCUACGUCUUUCCGUUCAUUUUCUCUUUAUUUCGACGUUAUGCCGACGAAAAAAGAGAGAAGUGCAACGAUAUAAAAGUUUAUUCGCGUUCGCGUAUCUCGCGGGCUCGAUGUCAGACAUGAAAAGCGCAUUAAGACGAUCGGAUAUCGCUGAGGAUAGGGGCCUUUUGAUGAUCGCCGAUCGAGAUAGCUCGCCGGCAAACCCAGAUGGUUUCUAACCUCAAAACCUCUCCUCGAUACCGUCCAAGUAAUUAAUUUGAAAGUCGGUUUAAUUAGUUGCCUCCGUGAUUCUCUCUUUUAGCUAACUAUGAAGUAAUAUCUUUUAAAUCGCUAAAUAAAGAAGCGGACUCGCUUCCUUUCUAUGUAUUAUUUCUUUUAUCGGUGUUUCGAGCAAUGAACUUUCUUGAAGAUAUCAUUUUUAGCUUAUUACAGGUAAAUGGUAUCUAUCGGCUAUCUGCUGGAUGAUCAUCAAUCGCGAAUCUAACCGGCAAGCGAGUCGAGUAUUCGUUGUUCAUUUCUUCUUGUACGAUGGAAUGAAAAAAUUGCACAAAUGAAAGGUUAAUGAACGGUGCGUCGAGAGCAGUCUCGAGGACGAACGAAGGGAAGGAGGAGAGAGCGAACGAUCACAGAAGCGUGUAUGAGACGCGACGGGACGUAUCGUGGAUAAAUUAAAGUCGAUCUUUUUAGUGGCUUGCGAAGGACGGCGACAAAGGCGCGCAAAUUAUUCAAUACAUACGUCGUCAUUGAGCAACGCUCACAUCUUUUAUAAUGUACAAACGAAAGUAGAAAGAGAUAAAACGCUAAGAAGAAGAUUUCUUUUUUAAUUACAUUUUUGUUUACAAAUAAUUCGACGUUACAUUGUAUUUUCGUACUCAAUGAAAACAAUGUUGGAGGUAGAUGCAUGUGUGCGCAGGAACGAUUGGUCUCUCUUGUCGCUGCGUUAAAAUCUCCAGCUGUGCGAAUCGGUGUACACGCUGAGAGAAAUUAUAUAAAGGACGUGCGUGGAAGGCGAGUCGUCGACAUUAAAGGAUCAAAGGGACGGUUCUAUCUAUCCUAUCAAAUCUUUUUGCUGAUCCUUCGACGGAAAAGGAGAAGAAGAAAAGAAAUAAGGAAGGAAGGAAGGAAGGAAGGAAGGAAGAAAAAAAGAAAGAAAGAAAGGAGGUCACCGCAAGAAGCUUUUUCGCCGACGUAUUCGUACAUACGCGCACAUAACAUGCGCGUACAUAUCCUGCGUACUCGAGGGAAUAUCGAAGGCAAGGCACGCGGCUAUAAAAGCUGAACCGAUCCGAGCGAGAGGAACGACCCGAGGCUGUUGAAGGAGUUCUGGUGAGGGGAACGAAAGGGUGAAAUGAGGAGAGGGAGAGAGAAAAGAGGAAGCCGCUCGAAUCGUGCGAGUACGAAGCAAGAAGAAGAAAAUGAGAGAGAUAGAGUGGAGAGAGAGAGAGAGAGAGAGAGAAAGAAGAUGAAAAGGAGAAGAAGCGGACUACAUCUUACCACUACUAAUACACUACUACGCAACGCAAAGUCUCUUCGUUGUCUCCGAGAGAGAGCUAAGGAAAGAGAAGGUCUCUCUCUCUUUCUCUUUUUCGCGAGCCAUCUCGGUUGUCUGUCAAGACACUUUUAAAACGCUAUCCUCCAGCAGAAGCAUCGACGUGGAGCCACCCUUUCUCUCCCUUCAAGGUGGAUUCCCUUCUUUCUUAUUCCCUAUGGUGCUCUCGGCGGGCCAUUCUCGGAGAAAAACGUGAAAUAACGAAGGAAGGGAAUGCACCAUGCGGGAACCGGUCUCCGUUUCUUCGUUCGUUCCUUCUUUCCUUCCUUCCUUCCUUCCUUCGUUGAUUUCUGUUCUUCCCCAGAACGCAUAGUCUAGCUCUCGUCGUUCCAGACAAGGAAGAACUUUUUAUCUUCUUCUUUCUUCUCUUCCUUCUCCUCUUCUUCUUCUUCGUCAUUGUCGUCGUCGAAUCAAGAGGAGAGACCGACCGUGACAGGGACGAGCAUCCGUCACGAGACCGAUGCGAUCCAUCUUCCAACGUCCUCUCUCGUUUUUUCCUCCAUUAUACUCGAGGGUGCAAAGGAACUAUCGCGGUGAAGCUUCUUUACUUUCCUUUACCAAAUGCGACCAUUUAUGCGACCACCACAUAAUAGCUAUAUAUAUAUAUAUAUAUAUAUAUACACACAUAACUAUAUAUUUGAGAUGCCAUUAGACUCGCUAGAUAUUUUUAUUUUAUUUCACAAUUAAUGUCGAUUUAAAUAUGAGACGAAUUUUGUAAAAUGGACGAGACAUUUGCUCCUAUGAUAAGGAUUCGAAAAAAGAAAGAGAGAGAGAGAGAGAGAGAGAGAGAGAGCGCGCGCGCGAAACGUUUUCGAGAUGCCCGGAGGGAUGUAGAAAAAGAGAAAGAGGAGGAAGAGGAGGAGAGGAGGACUACGACGAUCGAAAAUAAGGGGGUAAUGCACCUAACGGGGCGGAGGAGACGGCGGUUCCAUGAGAUAUAACGAGCGCUAGCGACACUGAUGCCUCUAGUGCAUUACAACUGUUCGAAACACUUGAGGCUCUUUCUUUGUGCCGUCUUUGCCCCUGUAUGCUCCGAACAUGUGGCCAUGCAGAUACCCGCCUGCAAAUCUCUCUGUCUUUCGGUUAGGAGAGAGUGCGAGCCGGCACUGACCAGCCUCACUCUUCCUUGGCCACAUAUGCUCGACUGCGAUCGAUUUUUGGAUCGAGGUAACACACUUUGCGUUCAACCACCCGAGGAAACUCUUCUCUCGGAAGCCGCCGUUCCGUCUGUUCAACAACAAUGGCCAACGCAAGAACAAAUUCAGCCUGUUCAAACGUCCACGGGACUGCAGAAUCAUCAUCAGUGUCCGCCUCAUUUCGUACAAACGCCGGAUGUACAAAUGAUCUCUUGUGCUCCACGUUGCGGUACUGACGCUUAUUAUCGUGCCGAAGAUAAAAAAUUUGCCGAACGAUGGAUGAUAGGAUGGGCAUGGCUCUGCUUUUUAUCCACCCUUUUCACUCUUUUAACGUUCUGGGUCGAGCCCUCCAGAUUCCGUUAUCCAGAGAGACCCAUAGUAUUUUUGGCCCUCUGUUACAACUUAUUGUCGGUAAAUUAUAUCAUCAGAGGUGCAAUCGGUGUCGAAAUUCUUAGCUGUGUCAGCCAACUCGAUGGACCGAGUUAUGUGCCGGUUCACGACGGAUUAAAGAGUAUUCCUUGUACGAGCUGGUGGAUCGUCAAGCAUUAUCUGAGUUUAGCCAGUAGCACUUGGUGGGCGAUAUUGUGCGGUUGUUGGUUUCUCAGCGCUAGAAACGAGUGGAGUAGCGAAGCUUUGCACAAUAUUGCUUCGUAUCUACAUGCAGUUGCUUGGGGAUUACCGCUCUUUGCUACCGGAGGCAGCUUACUUUCUCGUCAGAUAGUUGCCGAUGAACUUACUGGUCUCUGUCAAAUCGCCGAUGAAUCCGCUUUGUGGCUUGAAGUUUUACCACACGCGAUUCUGAUCUUUCUUGGUUGCAUUUUAGCAGCAGUGGCAGGUGGUGCGUUGAUUCGCGUACGACGUGCUAUACGUUCGGCCGGUCGUAGCGCGACGAAGUUGGAGAGACUGAUGACUCGUCUUGGAAUCUUUGCGUUGCUUUACGCCUUACCAGCCCUUGGUAGCUUAACCUGUAUUCUACACGAGUCUUCGACAAGACCUCGGUGGCGAACGCUCGCACUUCUCGCUGCUCUUGAUUGUCGAUCAGCGGAGAACUGUGUACCGGGCCCUGUUUAUAGAGCGGCAGGUCUCGAAGUGGCUCUUCUCAGGCCAUUUUUGUCUUUGGUCAUUGGCGUGACCUCGGGUAUGUGGGUCUGGUCUGGCAAAACUUGUAGAGCUUGGAGUAAAUUACUCGCAGCUCCUAGUAAACCUACCAGAUCGAUCCCAACUGCCCAACCUCUGACACAAAAUGUUCUUCGGAAUUUUAAACCUGAUGUAAAUAAUCUGCCAUGAGGAGAGUAUUAGUGAAAUGUACGCAAAGGAAUUUCGAAAUUGUACAUAAUAUGUAAAUAUUACGAAUGUAUUAUAUUUUCUAAAGACCGAUCUUUUAGACGUGUUUAAAACGCUCUUUAUAUAUAUAUAUAUAUAUAUUUUUUUUUUUCUUUUUUUUUUUUUUUUAUCGAUUUUCAUUUGUAGGUAAGAUGAAGCUGUACAGACAAUUCAUUUUAAUUAUGAAAUCAUUGUUUCUUAAUAUGCUGUAUUAAUUUAAUACAAAAAUAAAGCAAUUUGAAAUCGUCAA